GCUAACAGCUACUUUGCGCACUGUCUGUCUAGAUCUAAUCGGCAGCCUAAAGUGCCCAACGCUUUCCAUCGCCGCUUUGUUAUUCGCAUUUAUCCAUAGAGACCCUUGGAUUUGUACGUGCGCGUCAUUUCUGACCUGUGGAGUGAUUUUACGCAGCGGCAAUUUGGGGCUGAUCUUAUCGAAUCCGAAUGGAAUCAAACGGCAAAGCGGGAAAACAUGGUUUAGAGGGCGAUGUGGACCUCCAGUUCCUGCUGGUGGGGGGAAAGCUGAUGAAAGUAAAGUCUUCCUCUUGGAAAAAGGUCCGAAUGUACAAGCUGCAUGAUGACUACGUGACCGUAUGGCAUGAGUCACACAGGAUCUUCAAGAGAAAACAGAACUUUUCCAUUGACGACGUAGACUCUGUGCGUAAAGGCCGUCAGUCGGAGGGUCUUCAGAAGCACACAGAGGCCCACGUGGAGGACCUCUGUUUCUCCAUCUUCUUUAAGGGCCGCAGGAGGAACCUGGACCUGGUGGCGACCUCGGUGGAGGAGGCUAGGCAGUGGGUCAACGGUCUGGAGAAGAUCCUCUCUAACAUGAAGAAACUCAACCGCCAGCAGACGAGUGAGCACUGGAUCUUCAACUGUAUGAGGAAAGCAGACAAGAACAAUGACAACAUGAUGACUCUGAAGGAGCUGAAACACUUCCUCCGACAGAUCAACAUCGAGGUGGACGACGCCUACGCUAAAUUGCUGUUUACAAAAUGUGACACAUCAAACUCUGGCACCCUGGAGGGUGCUGAAAUCAAACACUUCUAUGACCUGUUGACUCACCGGGAGGAGAUCGAUGUGAUCUACAAGAAGCACGCCACCACGGGGGGGCAGAUGAGCGCCGAUGACCUGCUCAACUUCCUGCUGAAUGAGCAGCGUGAGGUGGCCACCUUGGAGGACGCUUUAAGACUCAUAGAGAAAUACGAGCUGGACGACUCAGCAAAGCAUAUGAAUCACAUGACCAAAGAUGGCUUCCUGAUGUACAUGCAACAGGAGGAGGGGUCUAUCUUCAACCCCGCCCACAAGAAGGUGUUCCAGGAUAUGAGCCAGCCAAUCAACCACUACUUCAUCAGCUCCUCCCACAACACCUACCUGAUGGAAGACCAGCUCAAAGGCCCCAGCAGCACAGAGGCCUAUAUCAAGGCCCUGAUGAAGAGUUGUCGCUGUGUGGAGCUAGACUGUUGGGACGGGGCCCAGGGGGAGCCAGUCAUCUACCACGGCCACACCCUCACCUCCAAGGUCCUGUUUAAAGACGUCAUCAAGGCUAUCAAGGAGUACGCCUUCAAGACAUCAGAGUACCCAGUGAUCCUGUCCCUGGAGAACCACUGUACCCUGGAGCAGCAGAAACUGAUGGCCAAGCACAUGAUCUCCAUCCUGGGCAGCGCCCUGCUCACCUCCCCCUUGGAGGACCAGAUGCCCACUGCCUUCCCCUCACCCCAGGAGUUGAAGGGUCGGUUCAUCAUCAAGGGGAAACGGCUGAACAAGCUGGAUGCCGUCUUCAGCAGUACUAGUCCUGGAGUAGAGGAAGACUGUGUCUCAGAGGAGGACGAGGCUGCAGAGACCAACCACUCCAAGACAGACUCCAACGGACAGAAGGCCAAAGCCAAGAAGUCAAAGAUCAAGCUUGCCAAGCAGCUGUCUGACCUGGUGAUCUACUGUAAGAGUGUCCACUUCUCAGGGUUUGAGCACGCUAAAGACAACCAGGCCUUCUAUGAGAUGUCCUCCUUUAAAGAGAGCAAGGCUGUUAACCUGGCCGAGACAGCAGCUAAAGCGUUUAUCCAACACAACAUGACCAAGCUGAGCCGUAUCUACCCAGCGGGCUCCAGAACAGCCUCUUCCAACUACAACCCAGUUCCCCUGUGGAACGCAGGCUGUCAGAUAGUGGCGCUGAACUUCCAGACUCCCUCUAAGGAGAUGGACUUGAACCAGGGCCUGUUCCGAUCCAACGGGCUGAGUGGAUACGUCCUGAAGCCCGAAUUCCAGAGAGACCCUGGGUCAGAGUUCAAUCCUAUGACCCUAACCAAGGGACCCUGGAUCAAACCCCAGGCCUUCCACAUCAUGGUGAUCUCAGCCCAGCAGCUGCCCAAGCUAAACAAGGACAAGCCUAAAUCCAUCGUGGACCCGCUGGUUAAAGUGGAGAUCUACGGUGUUCCAGCUGACACGUGCAGCAAGGAGACACGCUCCAUCGAGAACAACGGUUUUAACCCCAUGUGGAAUGAGACGUUCCAGUUUGACAUCCAGGUACCAGAGCUGGCCAUGUUGCGCUUCCUGGUCGAAGACUAUGACGCUACCUCACAGAACGACCUGAUUGGACAUUACUGCCUGCCACUGACCAGUCUACAGAACGGUUACCGCCACGUCCCUCUGCUCACCAAGCGUGGUGAUGUCAUCCCCUCCGCCGGCCUGUUUGUUCACCUCAUGCUGCUGGACGCCAAAUAGAUCCCGACCCACUUCACACUGACGCCUCCCACACCACACUGACCCCUCCCACACCACACUGACCCCUCCCACAUCACACUGACCCCUCCCACAUCACACUGACCCCUCCCACAUCACACUGACCCCUCCCACAUCACACUGACCCCUCCCACAUCAUACUGACCCCUCCCACAUCAUACUGACCCCUCCCACAUCAUACUGACCCGUCCCACAUCAUACUGAUCCCUCCCACAUCACACUGACCCCUCCCACAUCACACUGACCCCUCCCACAUCACACGGACCCCUCCCACAUCACACGGACCCCUCCCACAUCACACGGACCCCUCCCACAUCACACGGACCCCUCCCACAUCAUACGGACCCCUCCCACAUCAUACUGAUCCCUCCCACAUCAUACUGACCCCUCCCACAUCAUACUGACCCCUCCCACAUCAUACUGACCCCUCCCACAUCAUACUGACCCCUCCCACAUCAUACUGACCCCUCCCACAUCAUACUGAUCCCUCCCACAUCAUACUGACCCCUCCCACAUCCUUGAGCUGUAACUGACAAGGUUUUUAAUAUGUUGAUAUUUAAUGUUUUAUCUAUUUAAAAAAAAAAAAAUCCACUUCUUUUAAGUUUGUUCCACCUGAGUAAGUCUGACCACAAGUCAGAGACCACUAUGAUGACACACCAAAAUGUGUUUGACGGAUUGCGGGAAAACAGGCUUUUGAAGACUACAGUCCAAACUGUGGUGUUUUUGUCACACUGCUUUGCUUUAUCUUGGUCGCAGUUGUAAACGAGAACUUGUUAAAUAAAUUGAAAUAAUAUAUAUAUAUAUGUCUUCCAAUGGUGCGAUUGCUGUCGGUAUGCAAAUAUUAUCCAACUUUAAUAAACACUUGGAGGUCAGGAUGACAGCGGUGGUAUAGUCUACGGCGAUACAGAUAUCACUUAUUAUUGAUAUCUACAUAGUGCAUUGAUGUGAAUCACACUGCUGCUCUCUCAUUUAGCUGUUUCCGCCUUACAGAUUGUGGUUGUUGGCUGUUCACGAAUCUAAAUGUGUAUUUGAACCCAAUAAUGGUUGAAUUCAAGAAGUUUAAGCUGCAUGUCAAUCAUUGUUUUUGAAACCAGUGGACAGCCAGUGAAAAAUGCACUCCUGCAACAGCUGUAUAGUGAGGAUCCCAGCCAAUAGAAUAACAGCUGCAUAGUGAGGAUCCCAGCCUAUAGAAUAACAGCUGUAUAGUGUGGAUCCCAGCCUAUAGAAUAACAGCUGUGGGGAUCCCAGCCUAUAGAAUAACAGCUGUGGGGAUCCCAGCCUAUAGAAUAACAGCUGCAUAGUGAGGAUCCCAGCCAAUAGAAUAACAGCUGCAUAGUGAGGAUCCCAGCCUAUAGAAUAACAGCUGUAUAGUGAGGAUCCCAGCCUAUAGAAUAACAGCUGUAUAGUGUGGAUCCCAGCCUAUAGAAUAACAGCUGCAUAGUGAGGAUCCCAGCCUAUAGAAUAACAGCUGUAUAGUGAGGAUCCCAGCCUAUAGAAUAACAGCUGCAUAGUGUGGAUCCCAGCCUAUAGAAUAACAGCUCCAUAGUGUGGAUCCCAGCCUAUAGAAUAACAGCUGCAUAGUGUGGAUCCCAGCCUAUAGAAUAACAGCUGUAUAGUGAGGAUCCCAGCCUAUAGAAUAACAGCUGUAUAGUGAGGAUCCCAGCCCAUAGAAUAACAGCUGUAUAGUGAGG